GCCUGAUGGACAAAUAUGGAGGCAUCGAGCUCAUCCCCGAGCAGUCCACCAGGAAAUGCGGAUUCAACCUUCACCAGUGUCAAACAAGAAAUAAAUUCUACUCCAUCGAGUCCAUCAGAAACAUCAAGUCCUACAGGUCAUAAGAAUAAAGACGACAGCAACACCCAAGGAUUCAGCGAUCCAGGUUCAGUUGGCUCCACUUCUGCUGGCUCUCCGCCUCCGCCAUUGCAUUUGCCAUUGACUGUUACUAAUAGCCCCACUUCGUCGAGCUCUGUGCUUUUGUCUCCAGCUGGAGUGACAUCCUCUGCCACUACUAUCAAUGUGAAACAAGAACACUAUGUGCCUGCGGAUUCAAAUAGUUCAUCAACAACCAAAUCCUUCGUUCCUUGUAAAGUUUGUGGAGACAAAGCCUCAGGUUAUCAUUAUGGCGUAACAUCUUGUGAAGGCUGUAAGGGAUUUUUUAGGAGGAGUAUACAGAAACAAAUAGAGUACCGAUGUUUAAGAGAUGGCAAAUGUCUUGUGAUAAGACUGAAUAGAAAUAGAUGUCAGUAUUGUAGAUUUAAAAAAUGCUUGGCCGUUGGGAUGUCUAGAGAUUCGGUAAGGUACGGGCGUGUUCCAAAACGAUCUCGGGAAAGGAGUAUAGAAGAAAAUUCCAGGGUAACAACUUCUGAUGAGGCAGACCAGUCAUCACGUGAUGUUGACGCAGGGCCUUCCCAAUAUCACAACCUCUUUUUGACUAUCUCACAGGCCCAUAUGACAAACUGUGUAUACACUGAUGAACAUAUACAGAAUCUGAUAGAGAAUCCCCUCGUAUUUCCUCCGAGCAUUCCCGAGGAGAAUGGCGCUGCCUCCUCGACGGCAGAAUCCAUAGAUAAGCAGAGGUGCUGGCUCUGGCAACAUACUGCCUCGAGGAUAACGCCAUCCAUACAACGGCUUGUUGAGUUUGCUAAACGGGUACCAGGUUUUACUGAAUUGCAACAAGACGAUCAACUUAUUCUAUUGAAACUGGGAUUCUUAGAAAUUUGGUUUUGUCACGUAGCAAAAAUGACAACAGAAACAUCGUUUAUGUUUGAAGAUGGUCUGAAACUCUCUAAACAACAAUUGGAAAUCAUGUAUGAUGUAGACUUUGUGAAUGCGUUCUUGGAGUUCACGAGAACGUUCAAUGGUUUACAUGUGAGUGAUGAAGAAAUUGGAUUAUUUUCUGCUGUUAUACUCUUUACACCGGAUCGAUUUGGGAUCAACGAUAAAAAAAAAAUUGAAUCACUUCAAGAUAAACUUAUACAAGCUAUGAAAUUUCAGGUCGUUCGAAAAUUUCCGGAAGAUACCAAAAUUUACAUGGGUCUCGUAUCAAAGAUGAACGAUUUGCGGGUUCUGGCGGCGAAGUUUUUUGUCCACCUGGAGUGGCUGCAAGAGAAUUGGACGAGAGUCACGCUGCCUCCUCUCUUCGCUGAAAUCUUCGACAUCCCAAAAGAAGACGCGCAAUGACGUGAUUUUUGUACGAAUCAAUGUUAAUCGGAAGCCACAUCUACUCUUCAAGUUCCUGGAGUGAGAUUCUGAUGAAGGCAGGCACAGGAAGCAUCUGAUUGGAUUAUGGGAAGUUUUCAAAGUGAAAUGAUAGACAAUAAGUCAUUUUAUCAAAAAUUCUAUCUAGAUCAGUUACUGAAGCUCUUGCACUGUACUGUCCAUUCCGUGAUCAUUAGUAUAGUCUGUAGAGCCCUUACUUACCUUCAGAUGAAUCUGCAAUAAAACUUUCGCCUCAUCAACCGAAUGAUAAACAUUCCGAUGUGAAUGAUCUGAUUUAUCAUAAUUUGACAUUUCAAGAAUGAUCAUAAUCAUGAGUACGGCUGGUGAUUCGUAACAAGUGAAACUGUUGAAAAUGGUGCUAAACGUUUCCUAAAAGUUGUUGUGUGAGUUUGUAAGUGUACAGUGAGUAUUUAUCACUUAUUUUCCGAGAAAUCCCACAAAUUCAGAUGUCUCCCUGAAAUUUCAGUGGAAUUUAUUUCCAAAAUCACCAAAACGAAUAGAAAUAUUAUUUAUUGAUGGAAAGCGAAUAUUUUGAAUAACUCUUAAGACUGAAUCUCGUUGACAAUUCAUUUUAUUACUCGUUAUAGCACGUUUAUCCUGAUACAAUGUUAAGUAGUACUUAAUUCAAUCACUUGAACACAUAUUAAAAUCAGCGUGGAACAAAAAGGAAGGCAGAAAACAUACUAUUUAUAGCAAUAACACUUUUUACAUCAAUGUUUGUACUUUGUCUCAUGUUGCUGUUCUUGCUCAAGCGCACUCAAGGCUGAAAUAUGAUGUGGUUAUCAGUUCAAGAUUGACAGGGUCUUCGGCUUCUUAUUGGUUGAACAAAAUAUCAGUAGUAAAACAUUUGACGUAUUGUUAUACAUAUCAGCAUAAUGUUUGUGACACGUAAUCAUUUUAAUGUUAAGUGUUCUAUUGUAAAUAUUGUUGCGAUUUUUUUAGUUAAGUUUGGUGAAGAGAUUAUUAUAAAUGCGUUAUGGAAAUAUAUAUGAUCCUCAUCUAAAUAACUGUCAAUUAUUAAUUUUCAUUUUUACGAAAGAAUGAUGCCCAUUUUCGGUGGAUGGUUAUUUGUUGUGGUCUGAAAGAUGCGAUCAUAUGAUUUUCAUAUUGCAGUCAAAUAAUUGGGGUUCUCUUUAAUAUUAGUGCUAGAUGUAAAGUUAUCAAUAAUGAACUAAUGUCGAUAAAAUAGUCUAUAAUAUAUUAGUAAAUGCUUGUGAAUGAACAAUCAUAUCGCAAUAUAUCAAAGCUCCUGUUUCAUGAUGCGGAGUUGAUAGGGAAGAUUUUCUAAGAGUACAAAUUGAAUCACAUUCGACCGGGGAUGAAUCCCCGAAAAUACGAUAGAUUAAAGGCUGAUAAGGGGUUGGGCUAAGUUUUAAGACGGAUAAAUAAAAUGUCGACGUAGGUUUAGAACAAGAAAUAGCAGAACUUCCACAUUCGUACAACGGUACAAGAUUCGCGAAUGUUGAAACAACUUGAGGGGAAAUUUCUGACAGUUGAUCGGAGACGUAUCAUCACAGAGUUUGCUUUAGGGAGGAACAGCCUCUCAGUCAUCAUCCCACAAAUUUGUAAACAGUCUGUUGAGGUGUGAUUGUUAUCGCUAUCGCGUCACGUGAUAAGAGUGUACAUAUUUAACUCAAAAUAGUCAACUCACAAAGAUGCAGAAUCUAUUGUGAUUCACAUAGUUGCUCGAUAUAUUUUAUAGUUCAUUAUUUAUAUUAGGAAUGCAGAAACUAAUCUUAAAUUAUUAGAUAACAUGAAAUACAUAAUAGAAAACAAAAUUAUUCCUGGGAAUAGAAUUUUUAUUAUUAUUAGUCCUUGUACUUGGCCGGGAAGAAUUACGUCGUUGUUGUCAUUGUUAAUAUGAAAAUCUUGGUAGGAAUGAUUUUGAUAAAUGCAGUUGAUCAUCACCAUAGCAACGAAAUGACAGCUGACAGUUAACUGUCAUUCGUUUUGACAACUAAUUUCAUAUGAAUUCUUAUGAAAUUAGUUGUCAAAAGUUUGCCUGUUCUUUGAUUUCAAUUCGCAAUAAAAUAUGGAAAGCAGAAGCGAUUUGUUAUUCUACACGGGCGCCGAAAAAAUAUUGUACGCAACAUGACCGAAAAUAGUUUUUUUGGACUCAGAGACUAGAAUUUCGUCCAUUCGUCCAAAAAAACCCUAUUUUCCGAACUAGUUUCAUAAAUUACUAUUAUGUACCAAGGACUAAAAACUAUCCAAUAUAGUUGAGAAAUCAGGCGAGACAAUAGACCUUUUUUAAUCGCCAGUUUAUGACAGUAAGUACUCACCUGUUUUCUGGCCUCGGCUAUGUCAUCGUAAUACACUAAAUAUUUAAACCCCGUCUUUGAUUCACUCGUGAAAUCUAGCGGAUUUUGUGAAGAAUCAGUUUGACAAUCAUAUCAUUCAUAUAGGCACUUAUGUUUUUAUUAAAUUGAAUGGAUUCACCAUGUUCACCAUGUAUUUGUAUCCUAACGACAGCCGAAGGAAAGUCGUUUUUUCCCAUCUCUGACUAGAUAGGUCUAGGGGUUUUUAAAGGGUUGAACAAAAAAAAGUUCUAUGUGUUAGAAAUCACACCUAGUAGAGCAUUAGAUAGGACAUAAAAAUCUCUAUCGAACAAUGUUUCACACCCAACAACUACACUUAUGGGUUUUCAAGAAGUUAUCACAAUUCAUUUACGACUAUCUUUACACUACAUUUUCAUACUCGCUGUUUACCAAAGUGAUAUGAAACUCAGAAGGCAUUAGCUAGAGAAAUAUAAUAUUUGAGAGCAGGAACUGAAUAAAACAAUGUUUAAAAAAUCUUUCAUCAACUGAAUGAAAUUUCCCCAGAGACAAACAUAUUUCAUACAUGAACUUCUCAUAUUAGAUAGGUAUCUAUUUGUAUUAGGAACAAAAAAUUCAUACUGAAGUAUUACAACUCUUCACUCAGUAUACUCUCAAAAAUGAGUCUUUUCAAUUUUUUAUUUGCAGAUUCUACACUCAUAUUAGGACGAACGGUACCUGAGCAGCAGUAACAAUUCAAUUACUUUGGUGUAAUGAAAAUUUUUAUUGGCAACCCGGCAAAUAUCAUUUUCGAAGGUGCAAGAAUGAACAAAAGGCCUUUCAAAUGAGUUAUCAUUCUUUCCUCUUCAAAAUACAGGGGCUGUGACACUGAGGGUUGAAGCGAUACUGUUUUGAAUUUGAUCUUAGAAGUUGUCCUCUGGAAUAAAAAAUUUUACAAAAUUCACUCCUGUUGACCUACAUAUAACCGCUGUUUCGUUUUCAAUACCCCACUCUGUUUAAUAAUUUAAAGAGAAUGUUAUUGCUGCUGGUACUAUGUUCGCCAGUGAAUACGCUCCCUUAGACUUCUCAAUCUAUUCUGAGAAACUAAGUACUCAAUAUUUCAACCGGCUUUAUCAGAAUUGAGAAAAUUUUCCCCAGAACGGAUGAUAGGUUUGCUCAAGUAGCGAUUUCUCAUUUCAUUUACAGAAAAUUAAAUAUUUUAAUCCUGAAAUUCUGAAAAAUAUUCUAAAUUCUAAUAAUUGGUAGUGUUUCUUGUUCUGCCCAUAAUAUAAUGUUUGAUGACAUUGAUUGAACGUUACGCCAUAUAGGGAUAUUAAUUUAUUUAUUUUACUAUUUGGAUCGGAAACUGCGCCUGAACUUUUAUGUUACUCCCUCAUGUCUCGCUCAUAACGGUUCAUUUUCAAUUAAAUUAUUUGGCUUUAUAGGAUUACUUGAUAAAUUAUGUUAGAAAAAUUUGAUCUCAGGUAGAGGAUAUGAUGUAACCUUGUGACACGAAGUCGAAUGAAUUAAAUAGAACUUUCCUACCUUAAUCUAAAAACGAGAUUCAUUAUUAGUGAGGAAGGGAUAUACAGAUAUUGUCUUUAUUAUUUAUUUUGUUUUACACAUAUAACGGAAUACCCAUGUUACAAAUCCUUUAUAUUUCUACAAAACUCGUUUCAAGAAAUUUGGUUAGCUGUCUUAUUUGUUGCCUUUACACAGUUUAAUUUAUCAAAUGUGGUCAAGGAAGACUGAAAUUUACAUACAUUUACUCAAUUAUGUAUGUAAUUUAUCAAUGAUUAUGCUUAUAAUUGAAUCGUUUUAUAAAAACAAGUAUGUUAUGUAAUAAUAAAAAGCAUUUAAUUGAUGAAUAAGGGUUGAAAAUGUAUUUCUUUUUUCAUCUACUGUACACAGCUUAUUAUCCCAGUCUACAGGUUGCUUCUCAUGAUAUAAAGAAUAUUUACUCAUUCAUAGAACAAUUUAAGUAUUGGAAUUGUUAUUUUUUCUUGUUUAUUCUAUUCGAAUAUAUUAUAUAUCCUAGAAGAUAUUUUAUUGUUCAUGCUCUAAUUUUCAUUUCUUCAAUACAACUUUUUAAUUCAUUUAGAAUUCCUUCAAAUCUUCAUCAAUGUCGAACCUAUAUGUAACUUGGUGAAGAUAAACUUCAAAUCUUUCUCGAUUUGUUUAAUGAAUUUCAUAUUCAUUUGUAUAUGUUCUUAAUAAAUUUUUCGAAUAAU